AGCAAUCUCCCCUAUUAUCUCUGUCUGAACCUCUACUUUAGUCAAUCCUCUUUGGGUACGACUGUAGAGGCCCCCACACACACGCAGCCCACACAAAUUGCACAUAAUAAGAAAUUGCUGUGCAUUUCACAUUUGAAGACGGUCGGCCACUACCCGCUAUAUAUAUACAUUGCCGCAAUUCUGUCGCGCUGGUCGCGAUUAUUAUUUCAUCGAAUUAUUUCAUAUUUAUUCGUGAUUACAAGGGCUUCGGCAGUUGAGGAAAGACAAAGGACCCUACUUUUUUUCGAUCUUUCAUUGCUCAUUGAUUCGGUCAUUGUUGCCAUCAUGCCGGCUCCCGAGGCUAACCACAACAGUCGUUUGGCUAAGUUCAAGAAUAAUUUCAAGUCUGAGGAUGCUCGCAGGAGACGCAAUGAGGUAUCAGUAGAACUUCGUAAAGCACGUCGUGAUGAUCAGCUCCUAAAACGUCGCAACUUGACAAUCGAGCCUGAGCCCUUAAAAUCACCAGACGAGCAUGUCCAGUCUCCCAUAGGCAUGUCCAUCGACGAGAUAGUCGCGGGAAUGAAUGGACUCGAUGAAGUACUACAGCUGCAAGCGACACAAGCCUGCAGAAAAAUGCUGUCACGUGAGAAGCACCCACCCAUUGACAUAAUGAUCUCUAAAGGAAUUGUUCCACGAUGCAUCGAAUUCCUCUCCUAUCACCACAAUCCAGCACUUCAGUUCGAGGCUUCUUGGGCGUUGACCAACGUGGCCUCGGGUACAUCAGAGCAGACAAUGAUUGUUGCUAGCAAUGGAGCUAUUCCCAAGCUUGUGGAGUUAAUGAAAUCACCAGCAAAAAAUGUAGCGGAGCAGGCAGUCUGGGCUCUUGGGAAUAUUGCUGGAGAUGGUCCUGAAGCUCGUGAUCAGGUAUUGGAGGAACAGUCUAUGCCAUUACUGUUGAAUCUCAUAAAGACCGACACCUCAGUAUCCUUCACAAGGAACAUCGUCUGGACAAUCUCUAAUUUAUGCAGAAAUAAAAAUCCACCACCAUCAUUUGAGAUUGUCAAGUUGGCCCUGCCUGUUCUCAAUCGUCUGCUUACUGGUGAUGACCCUGACAUUCUGGCGGAUGCCUGUUGGGCUCUAUCCUAUCUGACUGAUGGUGAGAACUACAAAAUUCAAGCCGUGGUUGACUCUGGAGUUGUCCCUAAGCUUGUCGCACUUCUUGCAUCCCCCGAAGCUACAGUUUUGUCACCUGCAUUGAGGGCUGUGGGGAAUAUUGUCACUGGUAAUGAUACCCAGACCGAUGCCAUUAUCAAUGCUGGAGGACUGCCCAAUUUGAAGCGAUUAUUGGAGCAUAAGAGGGUGAAUAUCGUCAAGGAGGCUGCCUGGACCAUCAGCAAUAUCACUGCUGGGAAUCAUGAGCAGAUCCAGCAUGUUAUUAAUGCUGGAAUUCUCCCCCCUCUCAUUCAUGUUCUUGCUACGGGUGAUUUCAAGGCUCAGAAAGAAGCAGCAUGGGCAGUGACAAACUUGACCUCUGGUGGGUCAGUUCACCAGCUUGUACAGUUGAUUGAACACCGCGUUUUAGAGCCAUUUUGCAACAUAUUACAAGCGAAGGAUCAAAAGGCAGUUAUCGUUGUCCUGGAUGGAUUGACAAACAUCUUGAGUGCAGCUGAGAAGAUGGGACAGCUUGAGCAGGUCGCCAUGAUGAUAGAGGAAGUUGGUGGGCUCGAUAAGCUGGAGGAUCUCCAGCACCAUGAGAAUGAGAAGAUUUACCAGAAGGCUGCUUCAAUGAUCGAUACGUUCUUUUCAGAUGCGGAGUCGGAAAAUGCUCAAAUUGCUCCUGAAACUGUUGAUGGGCAAUUCAACUUCCAUCCAACCGAUUCUGCCCCACAAGGAGGAUUCCAGUUUUAAUUAUAUCACCUAGGGUAAUUAGUUUAAUUCUCAUACGCAUAUUCUCAAGUUCAUGAAUGCAUUUCCAUUAAAGAAAAGGUAGGGGGAAUGAGCGCAAAAUAUUUUUCCUAAUUGCAUUUUUGUAUGAAUUAUUUUUAUUACCAUUAUCAUUUUCUCAUGAGCUCUAUUUAAUUAAGUAAAUUUUAGUCAUUGCAA